UGGAAAAAACCUUCAACAGAUAAUGAACAUGACACUCUGAACAAGAUGGACCUGUCAAAGCUCAGCCCCUCUCCGAAACCACCGAGCCCAGGCCUGAAGGGAGGCGAUGAGGAGCAGCAGGAUGAAGUGGACGCAAGCGCUUCAAGGCCCAGCGAGGAAGCCAGGGAUGUGGAGAUGGAGAAACAGAGAGAAAUGGGCUCUGCUGGAGAUGGACACUUUUCAGGCGCAGUGCCGCACCAGAAGGGGGCAGUAGACAAACACAGGUUUAACACAGUGGGCUAUCAGAAAAGACAUAAGCAAAAACUGGUGUCAGACUUUGCCACUUUCCGAAAGGGAAACGCCAAACCUCGAGCAGCUCUCAAACAGGCCUUAUUUUACCAAGGAGUGUCUGACAAAUCCACAAGUGCGGAGGAGCAGGUUCAGUUGGAGUCCUUGAGAGAAACGCUGGACUCUUUUCCUCUGCGGGUUCUCCCAGACUGGAGGAAUGGAGGGGGAAUCUGUGAGGUCUCUGGUCUGCCCCUGGAGGACAGCUGGACAGUCAUUGUCCACUCUCACCUGACGAUGGACAAGACUGAAAGACACCAGCAGGAGGCCCUCUGGGAGAUGAUCUACACUGAACUGAGUUACAUCUACAAGCUGACCAUCGUAACUCAUCUGGUGAUGGGGGCCCUUACCCACCUGCACAGGCAUGGAUUUUUACGGGAGGUGACCCAUGAACUCAUCUUUUCUAACUUGCCCUCGGUGCUGAACGCUCACUGCCGCUUCUGGCAGGAGGUGAUGUUUCCGAUGUUGGAGGAGGUCCGGCGGACAGGUGCACCCUUCGACCCAAUCCGGCUGGAGGAAGGGUGCAUGCAGUUUCGAGAGCGCUUCUCUGCCUAUUUGCAGUAUUGCUGGGAGGAAGAGAGAAUCGUGGAAUUUGCUCGAAGACUAAUGGACAACAACCCUCAGUUUCGCGCCUACAUUACCUGGGUGGAGGCUCACCCAAGUUGUGGACGGAUGCGUCUUGGGGACAUUCAGGCCAAGCCCCACCAGAGGAUCACCAAGUAUCCACUGCUGCUUGCAGCUGUGCUCAAGGCCACCCAAGGCCACAAGUCGCAGUACGCCGUUCGCAAAAUGUUAAACAGCGUCAACGGCUUUCUGGAUAGCAUCAAUGAACACCUGAAACUUAAGGAUGAAGAGUUGGAGCUCUCGGAUAUCGCUCAGAAGAUUGAAGGCUAUGAGGUGGUGGAAGGCAUCAGUGAGGAAAUCGAUAAGCACAUUCGAAACUUCUGCCGCUUUGAUUUGACGAGCCCCAUUCAGGGUGCAGGCCCAAGGGUCAUACGCAGACUGCUAUUGGAGGAAACCCUUAGGAUCAGAGACAGGCGAGAAAGCAAGUGGGAAGCAGUUGUUCUCCUCUUCUCUGAUGUUCUGCUGCUGGCGAAAGCACAGAGGAAGUCGGAGAAGCUAAAAGUAAUUCGCCCCCCUAUGGCCUUGGAGAGACUUGAAUGUGUUGCCCUAAAGGAUGACUGCUCCUUUAUGCUAGUGGAGAUUGGAGAACUUGGCUGUCCUGUGAGUGUCUACGUGAUCACAGCUCCAAGCCCUGAUAGUCGGUCCCAGUGGGUCAGCAGCAUAAAAGCCGCCCAGGUAUCUCUGGCAACCAUGAGGAAGAAGGAAAGAACCCAGGGACUGGGAUCUUUUUUUCAGUCAGACACACAACUGGUGACACAAGCAAAUCCUCCCUCGGAGGAAACUUUAAGCAUGCUAAAUAACAACAUGGAGGACCCAAGGUACUCAGCAGAAAUCAGACAUAUCCUUUCUUCUAAUGACCAGGAGAGAAAUAGUGCUAGCCUGUCAGAUGACGAGAAAUCACCGUUGCAAGAAAUGGAAGGGAAAGACCAAUAUCAGAGCCCACAAGAAAAGUGGGAUUUUAGAUUUUUCAGCAAAAGUUUUAUGUUCAGUCAAUCAGCGCCUGAGGAUUUUGCAUCAAUAAGGGGAUCUGCCAAAAGACUUGGGUUCAACUAUUUGGAAAUGUCAGAAUUGGAGAGUAAAGAGGACAGUGAGAGCAUCCAAAAGGAACUUCAUGAAAUUAUUUUUCAUGGUUUCAAUGAGAGAAGGGUUACCUGGAAUAACUCCACAAACGGAUCCCCAGAAGUCAGCAAACAAAUUAAACAAAAGACAAGCUCAUCUAGAAAGCAUUCAGAUUAUAACAAUUCAUUGACAGCUGACGCAGAAUCGGAUCUAGAGUCUUUAUCCAGUCAGUCAGAACCCAGAGAUCUUCUUUGUGGCAAAAACCAUAGUUUAAAAAACCGGACAUCUUGGGAAGAAUCCAAAAGGGAUUCAUGCAUAAGCCAGUCAGAAGAAGAUGAUUUACUGGCAGACACAUGGAGAUUUUCCCGCAAGCUGAAAUCACCCCGGUUAAGAAGAAGGCGCCCCUUAGGAACACAGCAGAGCCCUCCACUUCAAACUCACAACAAGACCUCCUUGCUCUUGGAUGCAAAUAUAUCACUGCCAAAGUCCUCAUCAGAUUCCAAUUUAGAUGGCAACCAAAUGCUAGUGUGGGGCCUUGAUUCAUCUGAACAGGGUUCAAACACUGAGGAUGCGGACACUCUGGAGUCCAUCAGUAAGAACCAAGUGACCUUGUGGAGUUCACCACCUCAGGGAAACUCUCCUGUGACACAAGCAAUUCCUGUUGCACAGCUACCAAAUAGAAAAGCUGGACAAAACUCACAAAAAAAACCCAGACUCAAGUCACAGACAAGUUUUUCUGAUCCAGACACUGAGCCUCAGGGAGGCCAAGGUCCUGGCAUGAUUCCAGCCUGGUUGGACAGCAGUAUUUCCUUCUAUUCUCAUACAAAGUUGGCCUCAACGUUACAAGCUUCCUCCUUGGAAGACAUCUUGAAGCGAGCCACGGCGCGAAAAAGAGACAGGCAAAGACCAGCAGAAAAAUUUGAAUGGAGGAAAUGUGGAGUUUUGGACUCUAUUCCUUUCACCUCUCAAACCACCUUGUCAUCAUUAUACCCCAGUGAAGGAAAAAAAGAGGAAAUCUUGGAAAUUUCACAGAAAGGGCAGGACAUGAAUGGAGAAGCAAAAAAAGAAGAUGACUCUAAUGGAGAACUAAUAUACAGCUUCUUCUAUGGAGACGGGGCAAGUGUUGACUGGACAGGCUGGUGCUUUGACGACGAUGAGGUCAUGCAUCGCUUGGACCCAGAGGAAAAUGGAGUGUCGGUGGACCAGAGUGAAAUACCAACCUCAGUACAAGUUGGCAAGCUCCAGGAAGACCAGCAGUCCUCUGAGGUGUAGCAUCAAAUGAAAAUGUUGAACCUACAGGUCUGCUUUUAACGGAACUGGGAGUUUGUCUUGCGCUUUUUGAAGGGGCCUGGAGAAGGACAUACAGAAGAAUGACACCUUGUGACAAACAGUGUUUUGUACAAACCAGUAUCUUAUUUUGCUGCAGAAAAUUUCACAUAAAAUGUGAUUGCAAAGUCUUGGAAAUUUUCCUUGUUUACAGAAAACCCUGGAUUCAGUCUUGUCAGUGUAUAUGACACAAAAGCCACACAGUUUACUUCAGUUACAAAUGUUAAGAGAUGGGCACACUGUCCGGUGUAUGUUUACUCCUGGAUGGGCUCAAUAUGUACCACUUUUUACAGGCCUGGGUAGCACUGUAGUAAAUGAACUUGUAUUAAGCAUUUUUCUCGUCAGUAUAGAGUUUAGACCAGCUAGAACUCUGUUAUUAAAUGUGUGUGUAUGUAACCGCUGUAUGCACUGGGGUGCUGUAAAUAAAUGCCCUAUGUAUUUGGUCUGAAUAAUUUAUAGAUGAAGAGCAAUGCUUAUUAAAUCCAUUUUUUUUAGAAA